AUGCAUUCUCGACUUCUCCGUCUUCUCACUCGAAACUCGGCGAUUUUGAAGCAAACCUCGUCGUCUGUCUGGAGUGUCGUCGUUUCUGUCCCGAGCAACGCUCAGCUUGCUCAGCUGUUUGAGAGCGCUGAAACUGUUGAGAUGGUUAAGGUAAUCUAUGACAAAGUUACUGGCAGGAGCAGAGGUUUUGGGUUUGUGACAAUGUCUACUGCUGCUGAAGUUGAGGCAGCUGCUCAGUAG